AUGUCUCUCUCUUAUUUGAUCAGAUCUGUCAAGCAGAGCAGGAGCAAGAUGAAUGUCAGAUCUGCUCUGAAUAUUCUCUUCACACUGAAUAUCAUCUUUUCAGACAGUGAGUAUGAAAGUGACUCUGUCAGCAAUGAUGAAGAGAAUGAUGACCGUCAACUCUCUGCUGAACACUAUCUGACCUUAGCAGAGAGUUUUGAUAUUGCUCAGCUUCAACAGAAGCAGUACAGUCUCAAUACUCAGGAAAAACUGAAUGAGACCUGUGAUUACUGA